CGCUCUACUCGUUUCCUGCUCUCCCGGAGCUUUCUUCCACUUUGCUAUCGAACAUGGAAGGGGUGGCUCUGAAACUCCCUUCCUUCAAAUUCGUUCAUCUCACUUCUACUUCUCGGUCUCCUCCGGUUAGGUUCGGCUUCCGUCGAUUCUCUGCUUCCCUCUCUGUGUCAGCCUCCACUGCCGAGAAAGGCGACCGCGAGGUAGGAUAUGUUUCGCUUGGUCACAUUACUCGGCGCGACUUUCCAAUCCUCCACCAGGAGGUAAAUGGCUCGAAGCUUGUCUACUUGGACAAUGCUGCUACUUCUCAGAAGCCUACUGUUGUUUUGAAGGCUUUACAAAAUUAUUUUGAAGCUUAUAAUGCAAAUGUGCAUAGAGGGGUUCAUUACUUGAGCGCCAAGGCAACUGAUGAGUAUGAACUGGCUAGAAAGAAGGUGGCCUCUUUUAUCAAUGCCUCAGAAUCUAGGGAGAUUAUCUUUACAAGGAAUGCUACCGAAGCCAUCAACCUGGUAGCUUACAGCUGGGGUCUCACGAAUUUAAAAUCUGGAGAUGAGAUCUUACUCACAGUGGCUGAACACCAUAGUGCAAUUGUCCCUUGGCAACUUGUAGCUCAAAAGACCGGUGCUGUUCUGAAAUUUGUUAAUUUGAAUGAAGAUGAAGUAGCAGAUAUAGAAAACUUAAAAGAAAUGCUUUCAAAGAAGACAAAAAUUGUAGUCGUCCAUCAUGUCUCGAAUGUCCUGGCUUCUGCUCUUUCUGUAGAAGAGAUUGUGGUUUGGGCUCAUGCUGUUGGGGCAAAAGUUCUUGUCGACGCUUGUCAAAGUGUUCCCCACAUGGUCGUUGAUGUCCAGAGCCUUAAUACUGAUUUUCUUGUGGCUUCUUCUCACAAGAUGUGUGGGCCUACAGGCAUUGGAUUCUUGUAUGGUAAGAGUGAUCUCCUGUCUGCUAUGCCUCCAUUUUUGGGGGGUGGAGAAAUGAUCUCUGAUGUUUUUCUUGAUCAUUCUACUUAUGCAGAACCUCCAUCCAGAUUCGAAGCGGGAACGCCUGCAAUAGGUGAAACAAUUGCACUAGGAGCAGCAGUUGAUUACUUAUCAGAGAUUGGCAUGCAGAAGAUUCAUGAGUAUGAAGUGGAGUUGGCUAAUUAUUUAUAUGAAAAGCUGAGUACUGUUCCUGAUAUUCGCAUAUAUGGGCCGAAGCCGUCAAAUAGUUGUUACCGUGCUGCUCUGUGUUCUUUCAAUGUGAAGGAUAUUCAUCCAACAGAUAUCGCAACCUUUCUUGACCAACAGCAUGGAGUGGCAAUCAGGUCAGGUCACCACUGCGCCCAGCCGCUUCAUCGUUACUUAGGAGUGAGUGCAAGUGCACGAGCUAGCCUCUACUUCUACAACACCAAAGAGGAUGUUGAUUACUUUAUCCAGGCGCUCAGCGACACUGUUGGUUUCUUCAGUUCCUUCAAGUAGGGUUACUAUCACGAUUAUGCCCCUCAACUUUUGGACUUGAUGAUCUCCUUGCAUUUAAAAUGAAAAAGGCCCUUUUGAAUCAUGUUUAUAUGUCGUAAGUUAUCUGGUAAGGUUUUUUUGUUCUUGUGUCUAACAUGCAUUCGUUACUUAAGUUUAUAUGCUAAAUUGAUCAUGUUUAUAAUAUGAUUUCUUCUUAUUCAAUA